AACAAUGCCUUUUGUACAUACCAAACGGUUCUGCGACACCGUAACCAAAGCCGGAAAACGGUUUUAUUCUCUUCAUGGAAACAAUGACAAGUAUGUUGGCUCAAAAGAACAACGCGGCUGCAUAUGGUCGAAGCCGUCACUAAAGCAAAUAUUAGAGCCGCGUUUGGGUCUGGUUAAAUUAGUAAGUUCAUCUUCGGGAACGAUACCAGAUCUGGAAUAUCCAAAUCAAAAUCAGGAAAAAUUGGCACCGAUGGAGUUUGGAAAUUUUAAAGACGCGUUUAAGCCAAAACGGACGAGUGACAUUGUACGUGCGUUGAGUAUUCUGCAGCUGUCUUCAUAUGAUGCGAUUGUUAAUAACGCGGAAAAGAUUAUAGAAUUUGGAAGAAAAAUGUUUGGCAGGCGAUUCUUUGAUUUUCUGCUGAAAAAUAGUGUAUAUAAACAGUUCGUUGGUGGGAAAGAAUUUCGAGAAAUAAAAGAAAGUGUAUGCAGAUUACAUGAAGCCGGUAUUCAGACCAUGUUGGCAGUUCCCAUUGAGGAAGAUCUGGACCAGAACACAGCAAAUAAGAAUCCUUCAACAAUAUAUGAGAAGAAUCUCCAGUUGUUAUUAAAAUGUAUUGAUCUGGAACAAACUUUACAACCUAAAUUUCCCAUAACCCAGAUCAGGGUAACGGCUAUAGCUUCAGCUAGCAUCUUAGCAAAGAUUAGUCAAAUUUGUCCAAAUCCUACUGAUACUUGUAGCACAAUAGACGAUAUAGUGAACGCAAUGAAGACUGGGAAAAGGGUAACUAUGGAAGGUUUAACAGAGAGCGAAUCGACAGAAUUAAAUGAUGUUAUUAAGAGAUUAGUUGUAAUAGCAGAGGUAGCCAAAGAGAAGGGUGUAAUGAUUAUGGUUGAUGCCGAGUAUACAUAUUUUAACGGUGCUACCAAACUAUUUGUUCUGAGUUUAAUGUUACGUUAUAACCACGAUAAACCAUUAAUAUGUUUUACAUACCAGAAUUAUCUCAAGGCAACCCUGGAACAAUUGAAGCAAGAUGUGGAAUUUAUUAACUCCAGGGAUGUAUAUUUUGGUCUAAAAUUGGUUCGAGGAGCAUACAUGUACAGAGAAAGGGAAAUAGCCAAAGCUAAGGGCUGUUCUGAUCCAAUCCACGACACUGCACAAGACACUUCCAAUAUGUAUCAUCAGUCCAUCAAUUUUUUGAUGGAACGAAUAGCGUCGAAUAAAAAGUGUGCCUUUAUGGCUGCAUCUCAUAAUGAGGAAACUGUCAAGCAUAUGAUGAAAAAAAUUAAAGAAUAUAAUAUUAAUCCUGGUGGUGGUCAGAUAUUUUUUGGACAGUUGUAUGGAAUGUGUGACCACAUAUCUUAUACAUUAGGUAAAGCGGGGUUCCCUAUCUAUAAAUCUGUACCUUACGGUGAAAUAGAUCAUACGUUGCCAUAUCUUGUCAGACGAGCACAGGAGAAUCGUUCUAUUAUUCCCGGUGCCAGAAGAGAGAAGGAACUCUUGAAGAAAGCUCUAUGGCAUCGUAUCUCGUAAAACUGUUACAUAAUGUGUGUCUCAUUCCGAAUCAAGUUGACGAUAUCUAUAUGGUAUAUUUCUGUGUGCAUUUAAUAAUACGUGCAUACUUGUUGAUACUUUUGGCAAAGAGACAUGGAAACAAUGCCAAAAUAAAAUAAUAUUUUAUUUGGAUGCCACUGUAGUCAUAUUAUACACAUAUAUAUAUAUAAAUAUAUAAAAAGUAUAUAGUAUCUAUUUACUAGAUAAACACGAGGUGUAAGGCUAUAUAAUGAUUGUACAGUU